AUGUUCUCCCGUCUCGUCGUUGCCUCCCGGGUAAGCACCGAGCCAAAGCCAAAGCCAAAGCCACAGCUGCUGGGGAAAGGCAGGGUGGUGCAGCCAACCCUCCCUGCGCCUGCCGUAUGCCAGUCGCUGAAUGAGCACACAGACAAUGGGGGCGGGCCGCCGAAGCAGAUGCCUGCCAAGGCUUGGCGUGAGGUUGCAGUGGCUGCCAUCGUGUCGGUACACUCGUGCUUGGCGGCGCCGGCCCUGCGCCAAAUUCACACCUCCAUCGCUGCCCGUGCCGCUGGUACCUCCGAGGUUUCCAGCAUCCUCGAGCAGCGCAUCCUCAGCGCUGCUGGUCAGCCCGAGCUUGAGGAGACGGGCCGUGUCCUGUCCGUCGGUGACGGUAUUGCCCGUGUCCAUGGCCUUAACAAUGUCCAGGCCGAGGAGAUGGUUGAGUUCAGCUCUGGCCUCCAGGGCAUGGCUCUCAACCUCGAGUCCGACAACGUUGGUGUUGUCGUGUUCGGUAACGACAAGCUCAUCAAGGAGGGUGAUGUCGUGAAGCGUACCGGUGCCAUUGUCGAUGUCCCCAUCGGUGAUGAGCUCCUUGGUCGCGUUGUCGAUGCCCUCGGCAACCCCAUUGAUGGCAAGGGUGCCUUCAAGAACGCUCCCCGCUCUCGUGUCGGCAUCAAGGCCCCCGGCAUUAUCCCCCGCAAGUCGGUGUGCGAGCCUAUGCAGACUGGUAUCAAGGCCGUCGACUCGCUUGUGCCCAUUGGCCGUGGCCAGCGUGAGUUGAUCAUUGGUGAUCGUCAGACCGGCAAGACCGCCGUCGCCAUUGACGCCAUCAUCAACCAGAAGCGCUUCAAUGAUGGCACUGAUGAGAGCAAGAAGCUGUACUGCAUCUACGUUGCCGUCGGCCAGAAGCGCUCCACCGUUGCCCAGCUCGUCAAGCGCCUUACGGACGCCGAUGCCAUGAAGUACUCCAUUGUCAUCUCGGCUACCGCCUCUGAUGCCGCUCCCCUCCAGUACCUUGCCCCCUACACUGGUGCCGCCAUGGGCGAGUACUUCCGUGACAACGGCAAGCACUCUCUCCUCAUUUACGACGAUCUGUCCAAGCAGGCCGUCGCCUACCGUCAGAUGUCUCUCCUCCUCCGCCGUCCCCCUGGUCGUGAGGCCUACCCCGGUGAUGUUUUCUACCUGCACUCUCGUCUCCUCGAGCGUGCUGCCAAGAUGAACGACUCCCUUGGCGGCGGCUCCAUGACUGCCCUCCCCGUUAUUGAGACCCAGGCCGGUGAUGUGUCUGCUUACAUUCCCACCAACGUCAUUUCCAUUACCGAUGGUCAGAUUUUCCUUGAGACCGAGCUUUUCUACAAGGGUAUCCGCCCCGCUAUCAACGUCGGUCUCUCCGUGUCCCGUGUCGGCUCUGCUGCCCAGACCAAGGCCAUGCGUCAGGUUGCCGGCAAGAUGAAGCUCGAGCUUGCCCAGUACCGUGAGGUUGCCGCUUUCGCCCAGUUCGGUUCCGAUCUCGAUGCCGCCACCCAGCAGCUCCUGAACCGUGGUGCUCGCCUUACCGAGCUCCUCAAGCAGGGCCAGUACGUCCCCAUGCCCAUUGAGGAGCAGGUCGUUGUCAUCUUUGCUGGUGUCCGUGGCUUCCUCGAUGCCGUCGACACCAACAAGAUUGUUGCCUUUGAGAAGGCUUUCCUGCCUUUUGUCAAGGCCAACCACCAGGAUGUCCUCGACACCAUUGCCAAGGAGGGUGCCCUCUCCGACGCCAUGGAGGCCAAGCUCGGCGACAUCUGCAAGUCCUUUGUUGCUGAGUUCAACGCGUAAACGCGCGCAACCCACUUUUAAUCUUUUGCGCUCGUCUCUUUGAGACAAACCUGUGUGUGGUCUUUUCCUUGGGUCAUUGUGCCGAUUUUAUC